CAUCCAUCUCAGUCGACGGCAUCAUUCCACCAUCCUUUCUGAAUCGAAACCAAGUUCACAUCGAACACGCGUCUAGUUUGACUAACAAUUUGUCGUGGGGUUUCUAGCCUUCACACAGGAGUAUGCGCCUCUACGCCAUCGGGGACCUCCACCUAGGCCAUAAACAAAACCGGGACGCACUCUCAGCUCUACGGCCACACCCUGAAGAUGGCCUCAUUCUGUGCGGAGAUGUUGGAGAAACCUCCGAACAUUUGUCCGUCGCGUUCGAGUCCACCACAUCUUACUUUCAGCAAGUUUUUUGGGUCCCGGGCAAUCAUGAGCUCUACACCAUGCCCACGUCAGGACAGCCCAGGGGCAUCGCGAAAUAUCAAGAAUGCGUCCAGCUAGCACGAAGUUACGGGAUCAAAACUCCCGAAGAUGAAUAUAUGACGUGGGAUGGCGAAGGUGGGCCUCAUAUCAUCGCUCCGAUCUUCACGCUUUACGACUAUAGCUACCGGCCUUCUCAUGUGUCAAAAGAGAAUGCGUUGGCCUGGGCUGAGGAAGAAGAUAUAGUUGCUACUGAUGAAGCUCUCCUCUAUCCUGAUCCCUAUCCAUCAAGAGAGGCAUGGUGUGAUCAACUUAUCACGAAGACUGAACAACGGCUUCAAGAAGCCGCGGCAACAGGCUUGCCACUUAUCGUAAUCAAUCACUGGCCUUUACGAGAAGAUCUAGUUUUUAUUCCUCGAGUCCCACGGUUUUCCUUGUGGUGUGGAACCAAGAGGACGGAAGAUUGGCACACGCGCUUCAACGCCAAAGUCGUUGUCAGUGGGCACCUACAUGUUCCUCGAACAGACUGGAAAGAUAGCGUUCGAUUUGAAGAGUGUUCUCUGGGCUACCCGCGCCAAUGGGCAGAUGCGAAAGAGAAGGGUCUAGAUAUCAAUGGUCUACUGCGCGAGAUCCUGCCUGGUCCACCACCACCGGAAUCUGGUUCCACAACUACCAAAUGGCGCCGCUACGGUUAGGGCUGGAGACGGUCCAUUUUCUACUCAUGGCAGAAGCCAAUCCUUUUCUCCGUAAAAGGACGUCGGAUUGGCAUCGAGCGAGCUUCCUAUCUUUGUGGAAUUCUCAGCGUCCGGCUGAUAUUCGGGCACGUGAUGGCUAGACACGUGAUGCAUAGGUUUCUAUACACGUGAUGUGUAGAUCUAUACUAGGAGGCCUUCCUACUAUAGAUCUAGUCAAUAUUUAGGGCCGCACGGGCCCUCCCUACGUGUAUAACCUAGCUAGAUUCCUACACAGAAUCGACAUCUUUUGUCCUCCAUUUUGUUAUCACGUGAUCGGAAUAAUCACAUCUUUCCUUGCAGCCAG